AUGCACCAUGUGAGUAGGGUUCGAGGCCUGGAGACUCAACUGGUGUGGGCCAUCUCCAGGGAGACAGCCAGACUUAGUUCAGAGGGCAUCCCCUACUGUGCCACCAAGGUUCAGUCCGUCACUUGGAUCCUGUAUGUGGCUGGCAGGGUGACCCAGUAUGCUUCUCACCUCCGCCAUGAGACGUCUGUGGACGUGACCCUUGGCUGCUACCAGCAGACUGAUGUCUCGGUGGUGUAUGCCACUCUCCACAUGGUGCCGGAUGGGCUGCUCUCCUCCUCGGUGUGGUCGGAGGCUGCCUCCGUGUCUACGCCCACCAAUCAGCAGUUCACUGAGCCAGAGCCUGAAUGCCACAACUGCUAUGAGAGAGUGGAGGACAUCGCCUUGAGGCUCGUCUCCCUGCGCCAGGCCUUCACUACCCUGCUUGGUUCCACCCUGAGCAGGAACCAUCUGUUUGUGGCAGGAAAGGUCCUAUUGGGCGCACUGGUUCAAGCCCACCACAUGGACGAGGCCGAAUUCAUCCGUGCCUAUAACGACUUUGUGGACUACCUGAGUGACCCCUCCAAGCAGAUUGACAUUGAGAGGGAGCUGGCUGAGGCAAAGAUCCAUCAUGUUAACCUGAUAGAUGUCCUUUUUGAACUGGUGCUAUUUGGGCUGAUGACAGCUCAGAAGUCCCUGAUGGUGCACCCUGGUGGGUUCAUGGAGCGUCUGUACGCUCUCCUGUACUCCUUCCUGCCCGUAGCUGCCAGCAUUGAGCCAAAGGCCGAGAGAUGCCUGCUGCUGCUCAAUGAUUCUUGCGACACUUUGCCACCACACAGGGGUCUAGACACAAAUGCACUACAUUACUUUGCACUGAAUUUUACAUUUUUAAAUAAAAUAACUAGUAGUUCAAAAGCAUUUGUCUCUGUCUUUUCAUUUACUUGA